AGAGAGAGAGAAAUAUCAGUGAAUGGCAUAGUCUAGCCUGUUCAUUAGUGGGGUAAACCGAGAAGGAGACGGUAUGGCACUCAAUUCGUUGUGUACUUUAUUGGCUUUAAUCACAGGAGCUUCCAUAUUAUCAGGGGUACUAUCACAGAAGAACUGCACAGACACUGGCCUGUCCAUUAAGAAUGGGACUUAUUCCCUUAGCAAUGGCUUUGAGACCAACAGCGUGCUGACCUACAUCUGCCCAUACGGAUACUACGCUCCGGUUCAAAGCCGUCGCUGCCUCGCCAGUGGAAAAUGGAGACCAUUACCAAAGGGCCGCUUUGAGUGCAAAGUGGUCAAAUGUCCUGAUCCCCUGGUUUUUGAAAAUGGAGAAGUCACACCAGCUCAAGGCAGGUACUAUUUUAAUGACACGACGACGUACCGGUGCUUUUCUAACUACGAACUCUACGGGUCUGCAACUCGUACCUGCAAAGCCAACGGAAAAUGGAGUGGCAGUACACCUAUAUGCAGCCAUAACACUGACCACUGCCCAGACCCCGGGAUACCUGCGGGCUCCCGUAGGACUGGACACAUCUUCAACAUCGGGGAAAAGGUCACUUACCGCUGUGAGGGCAGCUUGAAGCUCAUUGGCCCGAGGGAGCGUACGUGCAAGGAGAGUGGACUAUGGACCGGCCAUGAGCCUGAGUGCCAAUUUGAUUACACAUACGACACACCAGAGGAAGUAUCUGAAGUGUUUGGGAGUGCCAUCAAGAACAGCUUAACAACAGCAGAACUGGACCCCAACGAACAGGAGGGGAAGAAAAUCCGUCUGGAUAAGGGUGGGAAUCUCAACAUCUUCAUCGCCCUGGAUGCGUCGGACAGCAUUGAGGAAGAACAAUUCAAAAAGUUCAUAGAAACCGUGAAGAAACUGAUUGACAAGAUCAGCUACUAUGAAGUAACGCCGAAUUAUGGCAUUUUAAUAUUUGCCACUAAGGUUACAACAAUUGUUGACAUAAAGAAUUACUACACAGGCAAUCCAAAAAGCCUGGCAGAUGUCAUGAAAGAUUUGGACGAUUUUAAGUUUGGUGAAAAAGAAAACGAUUCUGGAACCAACAUCGGAGCAGCCUUUGUAACAAUUCUGGAGGAUAUGAGCUUCAUAAAGACACGAAAUGAGGAGCAGUUUAUGGGCAGCAGCAAUAUAAUCAUCAUGUUUACUGAUGGUGAAUCCAACAUGGGCGUAGAUCCAAAACGACCGGUGAAUCAGAUCAAACAUUUUGUGUACGCAAAUAACAAGGAAGAGCGUCAGAAAUAUCUAGAUAUAUACAUGUUUGGUGUGGGACCCGACGAUCGGGAGUUGCUGAAUGAAUACGCGACACUUGACAAUGAAGGAAAACACGUGUUUGUGUUGAAGGAUUUGGACGAACUCCAUGAAAUCUUUGAUGAAAUGAUUGAUGAGAGCACCAGUGUGGGGUUGUGUGGACUCCAUAAGGACUACAACUAUAAUGAUGGAAGAGAGUCUACCCUACGUCAGCAACAGCCUUGGCUGGCAAAGAUCACGAUCAAUCAUGCAGAAGGACUUCCAUCCAAGUGUCUGGGCUCUCUGGUCACCCCCCGCUUCAUCUUAACGGCUGCCCACUGUUUCAAGUUUGGAGACACAAGCCAAGGGAUUUCUGUUGACAUGAACGAAGAUGGAAAAUUCACAGUGCUCAAGGUGGAGAGCUACAUUCCUCAUCCAAACUAUGAUUCAUCAGCCAAGAAGGAUGCUGGGAUACCAGAGUUUUUUGACUAUGACGUGGCACUUAUCAAACUUAAGAAAGAUGUCCGGAUAUCUGUUGACGCAAGACCCAUCUGUUUACCCUGCACGGAGGAAGCAAGUAGUGCUUUGAAACUUUCCGGCAGUAAUGUGAAAUGCAAAGACCAUGAGAAAGUGUUAUUAAAUAAUGAGUAUGAAGAUGCCAACAUAAUGUCACCAAAUAGGGACAAGAAAAGUCUCAAAAUCAAGCUGGGAGCCUCGAGGGAUGCUUGCAUUGAGGACGCUAAGAGAGCAAAAGACAUGACAGCUCAAAAUGCAAAGGACAUUGUGACAGACAACUUCCUGUGCACUGGUGGCAUUGAGCCUGUGACAGAUCAUGUCGCAUGUAAAGGUGAUUCUGGAGGAGCACUGUUUAAGGAGCGGUAUUAUCGAACAGUACAGGUUGGAAUUGUGAGCUGGGGUGUGGAGGAUAUCUGCAAAGAUAAAGCCCUUGUACUUUCCCGUGAACACACUAGAGACUUUCACAUCAACCUCUUUAAAGUGCAGCCAUUCUUGAAGAAGCAUUUGGGAAAUCAUACACAGGAGGAUUACGCACCUCUCAACUUUAUAGACUAGAGUUUCCACGGCUUAUGUGACCACAAUUUUUUUGUUUUUUUGUUUUGUUUUGCAUGUCAAGUUUUUAGUAGCAAUAUACUGAUUGUUGUUCCACAGCGUUGCAAUUUUUUAUUCAAAGUUUAUAAUAUAUUUUCUUAAUGAAAAUGUGUAUUGCUUCACUAUAGUUCAUUUAAAUUGUUAAUGUCAUAUGUACAGUAUACGGUGAAAUUCAAUUAAAGACCGCAGUGAGUAAAUGUC